AUGGGUGCAGGCGUAUCAACGAAGGCGUUCAAAGAGUUUGAUGCCGCGUUGAAGGAUACAGAAGUCACGGGGAAGUUGGCGGUGAGGGAUUGCGAUCUGUUUGCUCUUCCUCCGGAGGUGCUGGAACGAGCUACACACUUGACAGAGUUGCGCCUUGAACAUGCAAAACUGAAACAUUUGCCGGCAAGUUUCGGUAGUCUGAUACUUCUCGAACGGUUGUCACUCGCGGGCAACAAGCUCGAGACUUUACCGCUGUCAUUCCAUGAGUUGCAGCGUCUAGAGGAACUGGAUCUCAGUUGCAACGCGCUCAGCUCACUUCUGGGUAAUUUCUGCAAUCUCGGGUCGCUACGUCGAUUAUGCAUGUACGAAAACGCACUCAAGAAGUUGCCAAGAGAAUUCGGCGCGUUGAAAUCUCUUGAGGUGCUGGACAUGCACAACAACGCACUGAAAAGACUGCCCAAGUCGUUUCCCUGUCUGACCAGCCUCACGCGACUCGAGUUAAGUCGCAACAAGCUCCGUAAAUUACCUCAAGCAUUCGGCAACUUAAGUGCACUUCUAAUCUGCAACCUCGGACGAAAUAUGCUGCGGGAACUGCCCGAUUAUUUCGGAAUGCUGGGCGCUCUGGAGGUGCUAUCAUUAUCGUACAACGCACUGUACAAACUUCCUGCUUCCUUUGCAGAGCUCACCGGUCUCAAGAAUUUAUCGCUAACAGGCAACAGGAUCGAGUGCUUCCCGGCCCAGAUCAGCUCCCUUACAGCACUGGUUACUCUGACGUACGCUGAGAACCGACUUCGACUGUGGCGACCUGGCGAGAAGAGUAUUCUAGACGAAGAAGCACCAGAAAGUGUCUACAAAUUGGGUACUAGCGACGAGGAGGACACGAACGAAGUCGGUAUAACCCCCAGUAACCCGCUAGUUACACUUGCCGCCAUCCAAUACCUUGAUCUGAGCGAUAACGCACUGGAGUACCUCCCAUCACGCGGCUGGGGACGACUAGAGACGCUUCUGCACUUGAAACUUAGUCGCAAUCGACUUCAUUUAAUACCCCCAGAAGUUGGGAGUCUGCCGAGGCUUCAGCGACUCGAUAUCGCAGCGAAUAAACUGAAAACUCUACCAAGCUCUCUCUUUAGCAACAAGUCAUUAGCGUAUCUCGACGCCCAACAGAACACUCUGCAAGAACUUCCAGACAAUGCUGGCGAAUGUGAGGCUCUUGUGAGGCUUGUUUUGACGAAAAACCGGGACCUACGCGGCCUCCCUCGCAGCAUCUGUCGCCUCGCUCUGCUGGAAGAACUGCGCGUGGACAAAUCUUGUUUCCUAGCGCUAGGAGAGGAGCUGACUGCGUUCUGCAGAGAGCUGGCCUACUUCUCAGCCGAAUAA